CGACGUGUUUAUUAUAUUACAAUGUCUCGAUUGCUUUAUUGUUUUAUCUAACCUUGUCAUCAGUUUGUGUCGCGUUCUGUACAUUAGCACUUCUUAAAAUGAUUUACUUUAGAAUUAUUGUUUUGUGUUCCAUUUUUAUACAUUUCAACGAUUGUUCAAGAAUACUCGCUAUAUUUCCAAUGCCUGCAAUCAGCCAUCAGUCAGCAUUCCGGCCUAUAACACAAGAACUAGCACGAAGAGGACACGAAGUCACAGUGAUCACUCCAAAUCCAGCUUUUUCGAAAGACGAAACUCCAAAAAACUUCAGAGAGAUCGACGUCCACGAUAUCACUUAUGAAGCAUGGAGGAAACUAAUAAGUAAUCUACCAGAAGGCAACAAUGAUGGAUUGUACCUCCAAUUAAAAAUGAUAUUACAUUUCAUAAUAAAAUACGUGGAAAUGCAAAUACUAUCACCUGAUGUACAAGAUUUGAUUAACAACAAUAAUGUGACAUUCGAUUUGAUUCUAUCUGAACAUUGCACUCGGCCGGCCCUGGUUUUUUCUCACAUAUACAACGUUCCAGUCAUAGAAAUAAGUUCUUUUGGCUCGAUGCAUGGAAAAAUAUUUGCGUCGCUCGGAGCGCCGAGUCAUCCAAUUUUAUACCCUACGUGCAUGCAUCAAAGACUUUUUAACUUGACUAUGUGGGAGAAGAUAAAUGCAUUUUAUAACUAUUACGUGCUCAGUAAUUUGAUUGACGAAUACGAAGCAGAGGAAGAUGCUAUGAUCAAGAAAAUUGUUGGAGAAGAUACACCUAGUGUUUCGGAGUUAAAAAAUAAUGUGGCGAUGGUGUUUCUGAACGUGCAUCCGAUUUGGGAGGACAACCGGCCGGUGCCGCCAAAUGUUAUUUACAUGGGAGGCGUGCAUCAAAAGCCAGAGAAGGAAUUGCCUCAGGAUUACAAGUCUUACCUAGAUGCAUCCAAACAUGGCGUGAUAUACUUCAGCUUGGGGACCAGCGUACAUCCUUCUCAGUUGCCACGAGAUAAAAUUCAAGUGAUGCUCAACGUGUUCUCCAAGCUGCCUUACGAUGUUUUGUGGAAAUAUGACAAAGAAGAUCUGCCAGGAAAACCUUCUAACGUCAGGAUAGAGAAGUGGAUACCGCAAGCUGAUUUGUUGCGACAUCCAAAAAUAAAACUGUUCAUAACACAAGGAGGACUUCAAUCAACCGACGAAGCUAUCACAGCUGGAGUGCCGAUGGUCACUAUUCCUAUGCUAGGAGAUCAAUGGUUCAAUGCUGAGCGUCAAGUUUACCACAAAAUAGCAAUUCAACUUAAUUUGCAUACGAUGACCGAAGAUAUAUUCAAGAAUGCUAUUAAUACUAUUAUAGAAGAUGAAAGCUACCGACGCAACAUCGACAAACUUCGUCAGGUGAUGCAUGAUGAGCCUCAGAGUCCAGUAGAGCGAGCUGUGUGGUGGACAGAGCAUGUACUACGGCACGGAGGAGCGGAGCAUCUCAGGUCCCCGGCCGCCAACAUGUCCUGGACGCAGUACUACGAGAUACAGCUGCUCUUACUACUGCUCGCUGGCUUAGUAACAGCUUUAUCGAUAGUCGUCUUCAUUGUAUAUACUUUGUUGAGAUUAAUUAGCAGCAAUUUUGUAAAUAUUAAAAUUAAAAAUAUAGGUAAAGAAGAUUAAUAAUGUUGUACAUUUAGAAAUAAAGGUGAUAUCGCAUAGUUUAUUGUAA